GCGGCCGAGUGACGUCUCGGCACCAGGAAGCCCGCCUCUGGUUUUAAGAUGUUAGGCCAACAGGGAAGCUUGGAGCCGCAGAACUGGUCCGUCGCUCGUCUGGGUGCUGGGAGCUGAGCUGCGACGAGGCCAGGCUCGAGCUCUACUGCCCGAGGGGGUGUGCGUGUGAGCACCGCGGAGGGUGCGCCCAGAGGCCCGCGCCGCUGCCGCCGCCGCCGCCACGGGAGAUCUAAUAUCAGCUACCUGUCCCUGUCACUCUUGACACUUCGCUGUCAGGGCUGCCGUGCGGGGGGCGGGCAGAGCGCGAACGGCGUUAGCUUUCCUUAUUGGAGGGGUACGAGGGGGAGGGAGGGAGGGAAGAAAGGGGUCUUUGCCCACUCUUGUUUCGCUUUGGAGCUUGGAAGCUUGCUCCCCAAAGACGCUCCGAACCAUUCUCUCCUACCCACAUCCCCAUGUCUCUCCAUUGACCCGCUGACUUUCGGCCGCUGGAUCCUUUCGCUUGAGCCUACGGAAGGAAUCGGGGGGCGGCUCGGCUCCAGGACUCCGCGCGGGUUGUGUUCCCGUCUCUGCCCGCGGCGGCCACCGCGAGGAAACUCCGCGCCUGGAGCGGGAAGCGGAGCAGGCGGCUGCGGCGGCCACGGGGCUUCGGCGGGGCAGCAACCCAGGACUCGUAGGGCGGCGCGCUCCUUCGUCCAUGAACUGCAUGAAAGGCCCGCUGCACUUGGAGCACCGAGCAGCAGGGACCAAGCUGUUGGCCGCCUCCGCGUCCUCCUCCUGUCACCAUCCUCAGCCGCUGGCCAUGGCUUCGGUCCUAGCUCCCGGUCAGGCCCGCUCCCUGGACUCUGCCAAGCACAGGCUGGAGGUGCACACCAUCUCUGACACCCCCAGCCCCGAGGCCGCAGAGAAAGAUAAGAGCCAGCAGGGAAAGAAUGAGGACGUGGGAGCCGAAGACCCGUCCAAGAAGAAGAGGCAAAGGCGGCAGCGGACUCACUUCACCAGCCAGCAGCUGCAGGAACUGGAGGCCACUUUCCAGAGGAACCGCUACCCGGACAUGUCCACGCGCGAAGAAAUCGCAGUGUGGACCAACCUAACGGAAGCGCGAGUCCGGGUUUGGUUCAAAAAUCGCCGAGCCAAAUGGAGAAAGCGGGAGCGCAACCAGCAGGCCGAGCUGUGCAAAAAUGGCUUUGGGCCGCAGUUCAACGGGCUUAUGCAGCCCUACGACGACAUGUACCCGGGAUAUUCGUACAAUAACUGGGCCGCCAAGGGCCUCACUUCGGCCUCCCUGUCCACCAAGAGCUUCCCUUUCUUCAACUCUAUGAACGUCAACCCCCUGUCGUCGCAGAGCAUGUUCUCCCCGCCCAAUUCCAUCUCGUCCAUGAGCAUGUCGUCCAGUAUGGUACCCUCAGCGGUGACCGGCGUCCCGGGCUCCAGCCUCAACAGCCUGAAUAACUUGAACAACUUGAGCAGCCCUUCGCUGAAUUCCGCGGUACCGACGCCCGCCUGCCCUUACGCGCCGCCGACUCCUCCGUACGUUUAUAGGGACACGUGUAACUCGAGCCUGGCCAGCCUGAGACUGAAAGCAAAGCAGCACUCCAGCUUCGGCUACGCCAGCGUGCAGAACCCGGCAUCCAACCUGAGUGCUUGCCAGUACGCCGUGGACCGGCCCGUGUGAGCCGCGCCCCACUGCACGGGGAUCCUAGGACCGUGGAUGGGGCAGCUCUGCCCUUGAAAGACUGGGAAUUAUGCUAGAAGGUCGUGGGCACUAAAGAGAGAAAGGGAGAGAGAGAGAAGAUAUAGGGAGAAAAGGAAACCACUGAAUUAAAGAGAGCUCCUUUGAUUUCAAAGGGACUUUCUCAACGUCUGACAUCUUUCACUAAAAGUAUUUCCAACAGUUGCGAGGACACACAAAUGUUUGACUGGAUAUGACAUUUUAACAUUACUAUAAGCUUGUUAUUUUUUAAGUUUAGCAUUGUUAACAUUAAAAUGACUGAAAGGAUGUAUAUAUAUCGAAAUGUCAAAUUAAUUUUAUAAAAAGCAGUUGUUAGUAAUAUCACAACAGUGUUUUUAAAGGUUAGGCUUUAAAAUAAAGCAUGUUAUACAGAAGCGAUUAGGAUUUUUCGCUUGCGAGCAAAGGAAUGUAUAUACUAAAUGCCACACUGUAUGUUUCUAACAUAUUAUUAUUAUAAAAAAUGUGUGAAUAUCAGUUUUAGAAUAGUUUCUCUGGUGGAUGCAAUGAUGUUUCUGAAACUGCUAUGUACAACCUACCCUGUGUAUAACAUUUCGUACAAUAUUAUUGUUUUACUUUUCAGCAAAUAUGAAAAAAAAAUGUGUUUUAUUUCAUGGGAGUAAAAUAUAC